CCUCAUCUUCCAUUUUGACUUCCAUCCUCUCAACCACUCUCCACUCUACCAACACUUGACAACCAACCUCUCCUCCACCAUCCACUCAAAUCUCUUUCUCAAUAUUUCAACACCCUCUGAUAUCAUCUCAAAUGGCUACCCACGUUGUGACUGCGACUACUACUGCCCCUGCUUUCACUGGCAAGCAAAUCUCCGUCUACGGUCACCCUUCUCCUGUCAACUCGGCCGAGACCUCUCCCGCAAAUAACUCUCCCACUUCUCCUCGCUAUCAGCACUUGCCGCUUCAGUCGAAGCAACUCCGUCCCCUCAAGGGUCCUCUCUACGUUCCUGCUGCCUUGCGCCCCACUGAGCGUCCCCAGAAGGCCUCUUCUCCCCCGACUCCUCCCCGCAGCGUUCACGGUUCUCACGGCUCUCUCGACAGCCUGAACGAGGGCGAAGUUGGUGCACCUGUUACUCGUCGUUCGACCAUGGAGAGCUACAACAGCGGUCCUGCUGUCAGCAAGCUGGCAGAGGAUGAAUGGAUGAAGAAUGAGCACCUGGGCGAGGUCACUGGUCUUCCCACUCGUGAUCACUGGAAAGCGGACUCUGCUUCCCCCAACUGCGACUCUCCUACCUGCCGCUCCUCUUUCGGUCUCUUCCUUCGCCGUCACCACUGUCGCCAUUGCGGCCAUGUCUUCUGCUCCUCUCACACUCCUCAUGUCGUCCCGCUUGAUCAGAAUGCUCGCUUCCACCCUGAUGGAGUUCCAUCCCGCGCAUGCGACCUUUGCUGGAGCGCCUACCAGCGCUGGGAAGAGUCUCGUACGGAACGCCUCAGCAAGAUCCAGAGCCUGCUCGACGCCCAAAGCAGAGCCUCCGACAGUGACAAUGAAGAUGAUAAUACCGCCUCCGACCGCUCGGAUAUCUCGCCGGACGAGAAUGCGAAGCCCGCCCUGACCGGAGUGUUGGCCCAGAGCACCGAGAUUGCCGCCAGCGUUCCUCGUGGCUGGAACUGGAGCACCUUCUAAACCAUUACGACAACUACGGCUGAUGAACACCAUGUCCAUACCACCCAUGUCCAUUGACACUGACAUUGGGAAGCAACUUCACUUCGUACAUACCUGUUUUAGAACAUAUUUUCUGUCGCUUUUCUUUUCUUCGAUCUGUUUUACACCGCGUGGGUUUGUUUUCAACGGUUUCGGUCAUUGCUUGGAGUUUUCUCGGAUGAAUUGCGGAUUAAUGGCUAAUGGGCUUCACGGGAGUUCGAUUUCGUUUUCUAUUUGUGAGCUGCGACAGAUCGUCGACAGAGAUGCGGGGGGCUUCUUUUCUUAAUCUUGUUCU